UCUCCGGCGGAUGGAGAGGGAGAGAGUUUUGCUGGCACACGGGGCGGCUGGGUCUGUCUCCAGAGCAGAUGCCGGGGUUGCAGCCUCCUCCUCCGGCUUAUGUUGAUCCUGGUAAUCCAGAGUGAGCAAGGAAAAGGGAAAAAAGAAGGGUUUUAGCGAACUGGUUGUCCGCCGCCUUUGUGCUCUGGAUUCUCCUCGGUGGUGAGUCCUGCGGUGGUGAGUUGGACUGUGGAGGGGCUGUGCCGUGUUUUGGAAGCUGGCGAAUUCCUUGCUGCUGCAGCUGCCUGUUCAGGAGCUCAGGACCCGGCUGUUUUCUGCCUGGGUCAUCGCACCCACCCUCCUGCUGAUGUUUGCAAGUUGCAGGUGUUACAGAGAAGAAUAACCAACGUCAACCCAAUGGUCAUCAAGGAUAUGAACUCUGCUGUUUUUAUCUAGAUGGAUGAAAAGGUUAACAGCCCAGAAGGGGAGUUCCUUUUGUUUUCGAGAUGGCAGCAACUAGUGGUGAAAGCCAACUGCAGCGGAUUAUCAGAGACUUGCAAGAUGCUGUGACUGAGUUAAGUAAAGAAUUUAAAGAAGGAGGGGAACCGAUCACAGAUGACAGUGGCAACUUGCAAAAAUUCUCCUACAAGCUUGAGUACCUUCUGCAGUUUGACCAGAAAGAAAAAAGCACAUUGCUGGGCAACAGAAAAGACUACUGGGAUUAUUUCUGUGACUGUCUGGCAAAAAUCAAAGGAGCUAAUGAUGGAAUCCGCUUUGUCAAGUCUAUUACAGAACUAAGAACAUCUCUUGGAAAAGGAAGAGCAUUUCUUCGUUACUCCCUGGUUCACCAAAGACUAGCAGACACCUUGCAGCAAUGUUUUAUGAACACCAAGGUGACCAGUGACUGGUACUAUGCAAGAAGUCCAUUUCUGAAUUCCAAAAUGAGUUCUGACAUUGUGGGUCAGCUCUAUGAGCUCACUGAUGUUCAGUUUGACUUGGCAUCAAGAGGCUAUGAUUUAGAUGCUGCUUGGCCAGCAUUUGCCAGAAGGACACUGUCCUCGCUUGGAUCUUCAGCAUAUUUAUGGAAGCCUCCAAGUCGCAGUUCCAGCAUGAGCAGUUUAGUGAGCAACUAUUUGCAGGCCCAAGAGUUUCCCUCCAGCCCUGAUGUAAAUAGCUCACUGAAUGCUGAACACCUUGAGGGCUAUGAAGAGAUGCGUUUAGAACUUGACCAGGCUGAGCUGAGGCAGAGGGAACUUCAAGAUCGUAUUCACCAGCUAGAAAUGGAAAACCAGGAGCUCCAGGCAGCUGUCAGCCUUCAAAAAGAGCAAGUACAGGUAGAAAAGGAGAAGAGCAAUAACUACAGUGAGGAGAACUCCCGGCUGACAAAGAUGAUCACAGAGUUACAGAAGCAGUGUGAGGUCUCACACUCCACUCAGAGCACUGUCCAUGACCUGCAGAAGUGCCUACAGUCAUUGGAAUUAAAUGCAGUGGAGCAGCAGAAAGAAUAUUCAACAAAAGUGGAGCAGCUGUUGACCAGCAAGGAAGACUGUGCCUCAAAAUUGCAGGUUUCAAGUCAGGAGCUGGAGACCUCGAGGGCUUUGAUUGCUGUGAAUAAUCUUUGCAUCGAUGAGCUCAAAGCCAAGCUGAGUUCUGCAGAACAGAAGAAUCUCAGCCUCCUUGCGAAAGUUGAUGCUGCCUUGGACGAAAAGGGGCAGCAAGCCACAGCCCAGUGUGACUCUGCCCUACAAAUACAUGCACUGUUAGAGAAGCUUCAGGAGAUGGAAAAGGAAAAGGCAGAUAUGCAAAGACUCAAUGAUGAACGUGCGUCUCAGCUGAAAGCAGCAAAGGAGGAGCUGCGGCUGAAAGAACAGGCACAGAAGGAACUGGAAUCCAGAUACAAUCGCCUCACUGCUGACUCCAGAGAAGAAAGUGAAAAGCUGAUUGGGAGCCUGGAAACUAUGACAAAGGAAAAGGAUGCACUUCAGGAGGCCCUGACUCUGAAAGGAAAGGAGAUGGCUGAGCUCCAGACCCAGGUAAUGGGGUCGCUGGCUCAGGUGGGGUCACUGGAAAAAAGUCUUGAGGAAGCCAGGAAAGAAAAAGAGAAACUUGAGGAGGAAUAUGGUAGGAGGGAAGGAGCACUGAAGCAGGAAUCCCAGUCACAAGCAGAGCAACUUGCACUACAGGAGGGUCACUUAACAAAGGUGAGUCAGACUGUGUGUAGCCUUGAGGAGCAAAACCGCAAACUCAUGUCUGAGAAAGAGCAUCUUGGGCAGAAAGUCAAGGAGCUGGAGGAGCAGAUGGAGCAGCAAAACUCUGCAGUGACCGAAUUGGAUGAGGAGAGCAGGAAGCUGAAAGCAGAGAAUAUGAAUUUGCAGCAGUCCAAGAACAAGAUGGAAGCGAAGCUGAAAAAUCUGGAAGCUUCUAAAGCUUCCCUGGAAGCUGAGGUAGCCAGGCUGAGAGCCUCUGAGAAGCAACUUCAGAGUGAGAUAGAUGAUGCCCUGGUGUCAGUUGAUGAAAAAGAAAGAAAGCUCCGGGGCGAGAACAAACAGCUGGAUGAAGACUUGCAGAAUGCCAGGAGGCAAAGCCAAAUUCUGGAGGAGAGGUUGGAGGCUCUGCACUCAGAAUAUGAAGAACUAAGGCAAAGAGAGGAGACCACCAAGGAAUCUUAUGCCUCACUUGAAGGACAGCUAAAGAGUGCCAAACAGCAUAGUUUAGAAAUGGAAAAAAGCUUGGGCACCUUGAAGGAAAGCAAAGAGUGUCUCCAGUCACAGGUCACAGAGAAGGAAGUAGAACUGCAAGGCUUGGAGAACCAGUGUGAGCAGCUGAGAGCAGAAGCUGAAAGACACAGAAAGAAAGCAGAGACUCUUGAGGCAGAAAAGCUCAGUGUUGAAAAGACAUGCCUUCAUCAGACAAAGCUUAUAGAAUCCCUCACAUCAGAAAAAGAAUCAGUGGAAAAACAGCAACUACAGCAGGCAGCUUCCCUGGAGAAGGAGGCAAAAGAGCUGGCCUUCAGACUGACCAUGAGCGAAGAGCAGUUGGAGGUCAACCGAGGUGAAGUGUCAAGGCUGCAAGCAGAAGUCCUAGACCUGCGAGUCAAGCUUCAGCAGACCAUUGAUGAGAGAGAGAGGAUGAGAGGUGAGCUGGCAGUCGCUGUGACUGCCUUGAGUGAGCAGAAGGAGCUUGUUCAGCAGCUGAAAGAGCACAGUGAGUGUCUCAACAGAAACCAUGUGCAAGAACUGCUACAAUGUAAAGAAAGGGAAGAAGUGCUGAAAAAAGAGCAGGAGACAACAGCCCAUCAAAAAGCUGAGCUGGAAAAUAAUUUGCUGAACUUGAAGGAAGAGUUAUCCAAGGUUAAGCAGUACUUGGAAAAUGCUAGAAUGGAAAACGAAGAAAACAAAGAUCUCCUCCACAGGACCAACACAGAUAUGGCUGAACUUGGUAUUCAGAUUUGUGGCUUGUCCUCUGAAAAGAUGGAUGCAGAAGAGCAGUUAGCCCAGGCCAGAGAAAGGCUCAAAGAACUGGAAGAACAGGCGGCAGAGCAACAGAAGAAGCUGAAGCUUGACAUCUCUAAUCUCAAAGAAGAGAACAAGAGCUUGCAAGAGAAAUUAGAGGAGGCUCAAAUAUGUGCCGCAGCUGUCCCAAAUCUGCAAUUGCAGCUGGAGACAGUAAAGAAACAGGCACAGAGUUUCCAAGAGACCAGCCAAGAAGAGCUGUCUGCAAUAAAAUUUCAAAUGAGCACAGAGAUUCUAAAUUAUCAGACAAAAUUCAAGGCAGUCAGUGAGGAGUGUGGGAAAGUGAGAGAGCAACUUGAGGAGCAGAAGCGACAACAGCAUGCUGCGGAGGAAGAGAUUACCGAGUUACAAGCUGCAAACACGAGUUUGUCCAGAAAGCUGGAUGAAGCAAGAGAGCAGCUGUCUGAAUCAGAAUCUGCUCGGCUGCAGAGGGAAGAGGAGGUGACAUCUCUUAGAGAACUCUUGGAAAGGAUCCAAAAAGAAGCUGAUGAAGCAAAAGAGAAGAUCCUGGAUUACACUGAGAAGCUCAGCAAGGUGGCAGCAGACAAAGAUAGCAGUGACCAGAAAUUAUUUGCUGAACUGGAUGACCUGACAAGAACAAAACACUUCCUUGAAGAGCGUUUGAUAGAACUUAUCAGAGAUAAGGAUGCUUUGUGGCAAAAGUCCGAUGCUCUGGAGUUCCAGCAGAAGCUUAGUGCAGAGCAGAGGUGGCAGGGGGACACAGAAGUUAAUCACUGUCUGGACUGCCAGAGAGUGUUCUCAUGGAUGGUGCGCAGACACCACUGCAGAAUGUGUGGUCGCAUUUUCUGCUACUACUGCUGCAACAACUACAUGGUGACAAAACCUGGUGGAAAAAAGGAGCGUUGCUGCAGAGCUUGCUUUAAUAAGCCUAGAGUCAUCGUGGACAGUACAGAUGACUCUGGAUCCAGUGCCAACCAGGAAGGAUCACCAGCUUCAUUGGAAUCGCCUGUGUCACCAUCUGAGAGGAGUUUUGUUGCAAGUGAAGCCUCUAAACCACCAGAUGAUGCAGCAUUUGAUAUAAUCACUGAUGAGGAGCUGUGCCAAGUACAGGAAACAGACUCUCUCCACAAUGAAAGUCAGAUGGAAAGAGUGUCUUUGGAUCAAAGCAUGACAGAUUUAUGUGUUUGCUGGGCUAAGCAGCUGUUAGGGGCUCUGUACAGCCUCCACUCUCCGUUUCAGGUUUCUGGCUUUCACAGAAUUCGAAACAGUACCUGUAAUUCUUCAACCUUUGAUGAAUCUGAAGAGUGGCAACUUGCUCAAGAUGCUGAGAUAUGCUUGUUGAAGUCAGGAGAAAUCAUGAUCAAAUUACCCCUUACAGUGGAAGAGAUCAUAAACUUUGGAGAAAGCAACAAAGAGCUGUUCAUUAAAUCCAGCACCUACAGUAUCAUUCCCAUCACUGUUACAGAGAUGGGGCUAACAAUUAGCUGGAUCUUUUCAUCAGACCCCAAAAGCAUAUCCUUCAGCGUUGUCUACCAAGAAUCUGAAGACACACCACUGGAUCAGUGCAAAGUUCUUAUCCCUAUGACUCGCUGCAACUCUCAUAAGGAAACUAUCAGAGGACAGGUGAAAGUCAGAAACCCUGGAAUCUACACACUGAUAUUUGAUAACACAUUCUCUAGGUUUAUCUCAAAAAGAGUGUUUUAUCACUUGGCUGUUGAGCGACCCGUCAUCUAUGAUGGAAGUGAUUUUCCAUAGCCUUGACUAUACUGUGUUAUUUUUAAUUAAAUUUUUAAGAAAUUAUAUUAUUUAUGUACAUGUAAGCAGACUGAUUACCACUGUGUUUGAAGACUCUGAAACUAUGCAAUAGUUAUAAUGCACUUAAGAAGAGAUGGAUACACUAAAAAAUGGAAGCCUUUUCAGGAACACUAAUGGUUCUGUACUGUGUACAGAUUGCUGAAAAGCCAAUGUUUGAUUUAACAGGUCAAUAAUAACCAAUUUUUUUUUUUUCAGUGGGGAGAAAAAUAAGUGUGUGGGUGUCUAAAUGCAAACUGAAAUUCUCUGCUGAAUUAUCACAUUAUUUUUCUUCCAAAAAUAUCCUUCAAAAGGAAAUUUAAAGAAAAAAGUGUAUUUUUGACCUCUUCACUGAGGAGUAAACAUAACCAUUUCUGUUCUGCUACUCUUACAGUCAGAACAACAAUUAUGCAAUAUUUCAAUCUUCACAGGCCUAUAUUGUAAUCCAUCUAAAAUUUUUUAUCUUUUCCAAGUUUUAUAAACAGCAAACAUAGGAGUUUUUUAAAUUCUGGGCUAAGAUUUGGUAAGCCUUAGCUGGCUUUUACAAAUGCUUUAUCACUACCAGUUACAAAACAAUACAACAUGAAGCAGCAACUCCUUUCACUUUCGCUCACCGUACUCUGUACAUUGGUCCAUUCUUACAGUAGCAGUGGCAGAACAAGGAGUAUCCUCUGUAAAGUACUGCUCACUGUGUGAUAUUACGAGGAAGAAAAUUCCUUUUUCCUGCCUUAGCACCUUAGUCAUCAGCAGUCAUAGGAAAGCACAGUUUCUGAGGACAUGAGCAGUGUCUCUCUCUCUCUAGACCACGUGGAAGGCAGCAAUAAUGUUUGAACUGGUCUCAAAACGUCCAUCCAAACUGAAUGAAUAUCCAGGCCUGAGGAGCUCUCCACCCAGUGUUAGUGUAUUCUCUCCCUUUCCUAAACCUUGCAGUUGCCCUAUCCAACUGCUCAGUUUUCAUCUUGGAUCUGGAGAAAGAGCUGGCUGUAAACACUGCCUCUUAAGGGAAGACUGGGUUCUCAUUUAUACAGAAUUUCUACGCAAACCAUCUGCUUUCUAUAUAGAAUUUUAUCCUUUUGUCAAAAUAUCUGAAAGCAGAUUUUUUUGUUUUAAAAUCCUGUCCUCUGAUGGAAUGGCAAAACAUUUGGCAGGAUAAAGGAGAAAAGCUCUUUCUCCCAACCAGCCCUCCUCAUCAUUUUAGGUGUGUAUGAUUUCUCAUGUCAUUGUUCUCCCAAGGAAACCUCAGACCUGGAAGGUUUUAGUGCAACAGUUGGUAGAAGACCAGCACAGCCUGUCAGGAACCCUGUAGAGACCUGGUGGCAGCUGUAGCUGAUACACAGGAGUCAUUGUAAGAGACAGAAAGUAAAACAUGAGAAAGAAGAAAAAGAGGCAAGCACAAGCUGAAGCAAAUGGUUUAGGGGAGGGUAAGGAGGCAAACUUGUAAAUGUAAAAGCAAGAGCAGGGAAUUGGAAGGAUCAACUUGACUAGGGAAGAAAGUCAGGGGAGUCCAGCUGGUGUUUAUAUGUCACUGGUCCAAUCCAUUACCCACAAGGGAUUUCCAGCAUCAAAAGACUGGUUGGUUGUUUAAAAGAUGAUCACAAACAAGUGUUGGACACAAUAUAUAAAUGCAGUGAUCUUGAAAAAGACUGUGAAAGAAUAACAACUUUUCGUGGAGCACCUGGAUUUUAGGUGUCUGGCUAAUGGAUAGUGUUUCCCUCCCUUCAACUGCCUUCUUGCCCAUACCAGUAGUGUGCUCCCCAGCCUCUGCCAGGUAGAGGGGUCAGUGCAAAGUACAAGCAGAUUUAUUCUUCCUCCUGAGGGCUACAGUGCAAUUAAACCCAUACCUGGCUGUGUGCAUGAAAAUGAGAUGGACAAAGAUGGACAUGGGCAAUAAACAGGCCAUAAAUAGCACACGGAUCGGUUCAGGAAUUAUGGCAUAUUUCAGUGUUGAAGCUAUGUUUUAUAUUUAAUUAGGCAAGAAGAGAUUAUUUAUUGCUUAAAAAUGGAGCACUGUGUACCAUAUGCUAUGCAAUUUCACUGAGCUGUUACUGAAGUCUGCUGCAGUUUUCCUUUAAGCUUUUAGGUGUGGUUUUUAAAAGCAUUUUGCUGUUCUUAGGUAGAAUACUAAUCUUACUGGGAUAUCUUUCUUAAAAUGCCAAAUGUAAGGUAAAGGGACACUGUCAAGUAGCUUGGGCCAAAAUAUGACAUCUCUGUUCAAAAGUAUUUGAAGUCUCUCUAUUCAAAAUUAUUUGAAAAAUAUUGAAAAAUUAUCUUCGUUUCCUCUCCACAUCCAGUUCUUAACUGUGGCAAAUAUUUUUAAGCCACUGUUUAUGUAACUCCUAAAGUAAUUGUCUCCAUCUAGUAAGCUCGAUGUUUCCCUGAAGGUCUUUCAUGUUGACAGUCCUGAGACUGGCUAAAGCAUAUGUUUGGAAGGAGGGGAAUAAAACCACUGGAUUGUUUUCAUUUAGCAUUUGAGUCUCUAUGGUACCUUUUCUUCAGGUUUUCCUGCCCCUUGAGAGUAGUUUUAUGGCUUUUUUUUUCCUCUCUGAAAGAGGACUAAGAGUGGAAGCCAGAACCUGUAGUUUAAAGAUCAAAAGGUUUGCUCCUAACCAAGGAGAGUAUUUAAGGAGAAAAAGUUUCAAAUGAUGAAAUACUCAGGAUGCUAAGGUACAGGAGUGCUAAGGUACAGGUACAGGUAAGGACAAGAGUGCAGCUGUUCAAAACCAGCUUGUCAACAACAAGAAUCCCAUCAUACCAGCUAGAAGAGGCUGUGCAGAGAAGAUAGUAAAGAACCUGACAUUAGUACUGACCUUUUGUUUGAAUGCCACUGGAGCUAUGGAAACCCAAUAAAGGACUUUGCACAAGUGCAGGUUUGUGCAAGACAUUAUUUCGUUCAAGCACCUUAUAUCUCCAUUCAUAAGGCAUUUGUUUGUGUGAGCUGUGCUAGUGAUGCUGAAAAGUCUGUUUAUUUACAGGUGCUCAGGUGAUUUGUUGAAUUGGGCUUUUUAUUACCUGCAGGAAUGCAAUUAGGAGAAAAGAAAUAUAUAAAAUUGAUCAUAAAAUUAAUUGAAGGGGAUGUCUCACUCGUAGGACAAAGAGAUUAUAUACUGUGUUCAGCAUAAGCAAUUGGGUGAUUUUCCUGGGUGCUGGAAAGGGUUAGGAGGUAUGGAGGGUAAGAUUUUUGUUAUACAGAGGUUUAUGUGAAGAAAAGAAUGUAGUUUCUUUAAGAAAAUGACAGUGUUCCUUUACUCAAUCUUACUCAAUGUUUCUUAAUGAAAAAUGACAGAGAUGUAUUGCACGAGAACAUACCAUGUUACAAAAUUGCAAAGCUACAAAAGCCUGACUUUGCUCCUUCCUCAAAAUUGAAAUUGCACUAUAGUUUUAAUCAUGCUCAAUCACUGAGGUUGUAACUUGUUCAGAAGCAUCUUUUGGUCUAAACUGCCAAAGAAUUGCAAACCCUGUUCACAUCAAACUUCUUGCUCCAGAUAUGGGAAAAAUUAUGUAUACCAGUGUCUGUUACAGAGAUGUAGACGGUUGUGUACUGGAAUGUUUCUUGAUGCUUUUUUUUCCCCUUUUUUAACCUCAGGAAUUAAAAAAUAAAAUUCUUUAUCGUUGUGAAUGUA